GAGUCUGGUUUGCUUUUUCAAGCGUAGAAAAAUAAUUAUACUUUGACGGUAGUUUGACCUCAUUGCUUGAAUACGAAAAAUCUUGUCUUUAUAAAAAAAAUGAAUAAAUAGAGAACAGAACAAAGAAAGAAAGAAAGAAAGAGGGCAAAAAUUUAGAGAAUUAGGGUUCUUCUUCAGUGUGACGACGAUUUGAUUUCCUUGCCAUUAUCGAGAAGAAGCAACAGAUUGAAGAAAUGAAAAGCUGAAAUCAUUGGUUUCAUCGUUUUGUCUCGGGGGGUUUUUAUUCGCUCUGUGUUGGCUUAGGAGAGUUGUUGCCAUGGACCAUAUCAGUUCGUUGCCCAAUGAUUCCCUAUUGCAGAUACUUUCAUUGCUUCCGACAAAAGAUGUCUUGAACACUAGUGUUUUGUCUAAACGAUGGCGGAAUCUUUGGAAGUUGGUGCCUAGACUCCAGUACAUCUACUAUGAUGAGGACAGAUGAAGAGAAUGAUAAUAAAGCGGGAUUUGUACGGUUUGUGGACAGAUCGUUGCUUCUUAGCAUGGCCCCGGUUAUAGAGAGUUUUCAUAUCAAGAUAGGUCGACACAGCGACGCAGAUGUCGGUUUUUGGGUUAGUAUUGCUGUGGAACGAGGUUUGCGUGAGCUGGAUUUCGAUUAUUUUGAAUGUGGUUUCGAGCCUCGCAGAUUGCCUCAGAGCUUGUUCACAUGUGGAACACUCGUGGUGCUAAAACUGAGAAACGUAUCUCUUGUAGAUGUUCGAUUCCCGGUUUGUUUUCAGUUGCUCAAAACGCUGCACCUCGACUAUGUGCUUUUCCUAGACGAUGAAUCUCCUAAGACGCUUUUGUCAAGCUGUCCUGUUCUUGAAGUCUUCCAUUUGACUCGAGACGACGACCUUGACGAUGUGGUGACUUUCUCCGUUAUGGUGCCUUCGUUACAAAGAUUUUUCUAUUGUGGAGGACCUGAGCUUGUGAUGAAUACGCCUUCUUUGAAGUACUUAACGCUUUCAGAGUAUGGUGACAAGUGUAGUAUGAUUGAGUAUUUGCCUGAGAUUGUCGAAGCAUAUGUCCAGGAGGUUACAUGUUCCAACACUGAUGAUAUCCUCAGAUCUAUUGCAUCAGUCAAACGCCUCUUCCUUUGUUUACCCUCAAAGCCUAAGUUUCCUACUGGUAGUAUCUUCCACCGGCUUCAACACUUGGAGUUUUGCACUUCUGAAUCAGAGUGGGAUCUACUUAUGUCUAUGCUCCAACAUUCCCCAAAACUUCGAUCUCUCAAACUUUACGAGCACCAUGGCUGCAUUGUUCGAGAUCCUAUGCUUCAUUGGGAGGAACCAAGCUCUGUUCCUGAAACGCUGAAGUUCGUUCUUGAGACUUUUGAGUGGAGAAAGUACAAGGGAUGGAUGAUACAGAAAGAACUCGCAACGUUUAUCUUGAAACAUUCAAGGCGUUUAAAGAUUGCGAUUUUCUCCCCGGAUACAACCAACUUGAGAAAAAAACAUCCUCUGAUCACGGAAUUGGCGCGCUUGUCCAGGGGCUCAACAGAAUGUGAGCUAGUGUUUGGUUAAAUUUUUUAAGAGAAUUGUUUUAGAUAAAAUUAUGUUUGGUUUGGGCUCUCUCCUUCGGUCACUCAACAAUCCACAGGAGUUUGAGAUUGGAUAUAUAGAGAUAUGGCCACUUCUGUUAUUUCUAAUCACUUUGUUAUUGACUCUUGUAGACGAGUGAGUGGCUACUACCUUUGUAUCUCUUUUCUUUAGGUAAUGAAGAUUCUGAAGUUGAGUACAAAUAAACAAAAAAAAUCAUCUUAGGGCAUAUUUAUAGGGGAUCAUGUGGGGGUGAUCUUAGAUGAGAAAUAAUGUAAAAAUAUUGUAAGAUCAGGG